GCUCCCAUCCCCCGUCCGCCAGAGCACGCUGCUGCUUAUGGCAUCCCUCACCAUCUAACUGCUGGGCGAUUCCUAUCGGGCUCUAACUUUCUUUGUGAAUACUGACGAAGCUGCUUCUCUCUGUUCCAAGCACGGAUACACAGCAGUAUACAUCACCUGCAUCGGCCGCGGUGUCUCCCAGUCCACUCAACUUUGACGUGCAAAAGAUUCCGGAAAGCGAAUCGAAGAGGAACUCGAAAGGGACCAACCUGGUACUGCUGACACGCAAAAGCAGGCGAAGCGCCCGGGUUCACGCGCGGGCUUUAAAUCCAGCAAGUCUUGACGGCCGUUUACGCUUCCCUUCCCUCUCUGUGCUUUCUUUCCCCCUGAGCAGCUGGGCUCACUCGCUCUGUUCGCCGGCAUAGGGUCUAUUCUCUCUUCUGCACACGCUAGGCUUAACUCUGAACCAGCGAAUCACGGAAUAACACUGCCAUCUCUCCUCGGCCGUACCCAUUCCAGCCCAGCUCAUCGCGUCUUCCCCAUCUCCUGUAUCACUCAAGCCCUACAGGACAUCUAUAUCACCUCGGGUCCACAGUAUCUCGCGUACUCUCUUCUUCUCGUCGCCCGUGCGCCUCGUCUCUGCACCCGAACACCAGGGCGAGUACGCGCCUUAAAACGGAAGCUCAGGACGUGUCUCACCAGUUUCCCUUGUCGCGCAGGUCACGCGUUAGCACCGUCCUCUCCGCAUUCGCCCCUUGCCCCCAUUAUUCCCCGCGUGCUCGUGUUGUCGCUCGUGUUCCGCAGCGCGUCUGCUCGCAAAUCGGUCUCGCGUCGUGUCUUUUUGGCCGAAGAGGCGUUCCUGAGUGAGAAUAACAUAGCAUACACUCACUGACCUUGCGCCAUCGCCCACGCUGGCGCUCCACCUCCUACCCCUUGAACGCGCUCCUCUUCCCUCACGCUCCCCUCCCCCCCUUUCCUCCUUUAACUCGUUUCCAAAUUUUUCACCUUUUUCACCUCUUUCACCUUUCAAUACCAACACGAAUUCCCCUCGCUUCGACCAAUCGUUGGGAGGUACUAACAUCACAACUACGGGAACAGUAGGAACAGCUCCGGGAUCGGAGCCGGGCCAACAACCGCACGCACAAUCGCACAUGACCACUUCGCCUGUCCGUGCCGCUCGACACGGGAACGGCAACGGAAACAGCAAUCAAAUGGGGUCUAGCUCGUAUGGAUAUCGCGAGAGGGAGCCGUCGCCCGGAAAGGGAAAUGCGCAUGACGGCGAGCAUGACAAUGAUCAUGAGAUGGGACAUGGGGAGGAGCAUCAUGAUGUCGAUAUUGAUGACCAGGAGGAUGCGGACAUGGAAGGAGACGCCGCGCUCAUUGCUCAGACACUGAACGCAGAUGGUACGCCGAAGCGACCGAUGAACGCGUUUAUGAUUUUCGCACGCCGGCGGCGUCCGCAGGUGAGCGCAGCAAACCAGAUGAUGCGCACGGGUGAGAUUAGCAAGAUUUUAAGUCGAGAGUGGGGAGGGAUGGCAAUGAGUGAAAAACAAUUUUACCUCGACCAAGCGAAAAAGCUCAAAGAUGCAUUCAAUAACAAGUAUCCUGACUAUGUGUAUCGCCGAAGACCCAACAACUCACGGCGAAGGCGACGUGCAGAUUCAGGAUCAGGUUCUUUGCCCGGCGGAGUACGACCACCAGGGUCCGGACCCCUAUCUGCAUCAGAUCACUCAGAACAUGAGUUGGAGGCACAUGAACGGGAAGAACAUGCGUCGUUUGACUCGGGCUCACCCGUUGACUAUCGUAGUGGAAUGGGGCACUUAGGCUAUCAAGAUAUUGUCGUGCAUCCUGCGACCUCGGCUGGACCACCUAGUGGGACGCAUCCUGCGCUUUCACUUGGUGGAUUACAUUCCCUUCCACUUGGUGGUGGUACUGGACCGGGUCAGAGUACUGGAGGUUUAGCGCCUCCAAGUGCGUACGGACGCGCACCCUUUACGCCGCUUUCUACGUCCCCUAGUUCUGGAACUGGGACGAGCGGUGGGAGUGGUCCAGAGCACCAGCCUGUGUCGCCAUUAUCUCCGUAUGCGCGGUACUCACCAUAUUCCCCCAUUACACCCGCAACGAGCGCUGCCUCAGGCUUCACCAGCGGAGCUGGUGCGGGGUCGUACGGUCAUUCCGGCUCUGCACACUCGUACUCAGAAGAUAACUUUGGGCAUACAAGCGCAAAUGGAGCGGGAGAUGGGUCAGGAACUCACGCACCACCGCGGCUUUCAAUGCCCGACUGGCCCUCAGAACCCUCGCACCACUCUGCGCAGCAGCAUUCUGCAUAUCCGCACUCCCCUGCAGAUCCAUCUCCGCAUGCAGGUCUUUGGGGCGGCUCUCGCUCGGGUUCGGGAACGGGCCCUGGAGCUGGAAACGUUGGGUCGUCCUGGUCGCUCUCGGGCUUAUCGGCAACAAAUCUUCCGCCGCCUUCUGGAUCUGCAUCCGCGCGUGCGCGACUUGGUUCGGGCGGCGGCGGUGGUCCAGGAGGUGGCCUGGGACUGAACCUCAGUCUCGGGACGUCAUCUGCUUCCGUGCUCGGGCAAAGUCAGGGCCAGGGACCCGGCCACGGGCAAAGUCAGAAUCAGGCCUCAGGUCGCCCGAAGGAGUACAAGGAGCUGUUCAAUGCGCCAUCGACAUCGGGACAGGGAUCGGCGGGAAGAGAGCGCGCGUGGUCGACGACGCCUAGUAAUGCGAGCGCUUCGCCUGGGGCGGGUGGUGCACGGGCGCAAUUUCCUACAUUAACGGAGCCGUUCCACCCGAGUCAGCAACACCAACAUAACCGUAGCGCUUCUUCGUCGGGUUCAAGUCCUUCUGUGGGAUUUACGCGUUCAGGAGGAGGGAGCGGCGGUGGUACAGGUGACCUUGGGGACAUGUACGACAGCUCGCAGAGUCAGCCUCAUAGCGCAUAUCCUAUUUCGCCAAUUAGCCCGUAUCCUCACGGGGGGCAUCAAAAUAACUCACAAGGCCAGAACCAUGGACACAGUCAGGGGAGGCCAACAUUACUGCAUCCCAUUGCUACGUUCGGCGCAGGAGCGGGUAAUCUGAGCCCGCGGGAUGUGUCACCGUUAAGUGCGGUAAGUCCGCAUUCUGCAGUGUCUCAGUCUCAUGCAGGCAGUGGAGCGUACUGGGGUGACCGCAUGGCAGAGCGAUGAAGGGCUCGCAAUCGAAAAUGAACUGGAGUUGGACUGGAAUAUCCGGCUCGGACUUAGCGUUUUGUUGUGUCGAAUUCGGCAGUUCUCCCCUUGACUUCUCUAAUUUUCAAUUCUCUUGAUCUGUCUCUUCUCUCAUGCUUUGUAUUCCAUUUGCUCUGUGUCGGUACUGAUUAGUUCGCCUUUAUCGGCCUUCUACACGUAUUGUAAUUUUAAAUCAUGUCUAUCUGUUCAUAUACACUUCAUUUUAUACGUACUUUACUUUUUGUCUCGUCUAGCCUCGUGUCAUGUCUCUUCUCCGUUUUUGUUCACCUGAAAUUUCCUCUCUUCCGGGGUUCCUGAUUUCGAAUUUCAUCGUCUGUUGUCCCGGUUUAUUUGCCUGUCUACUUGUGUCUGAUACUUCUAGUCUUAUUACCACCUGGCUCACUCUAUACCCUGUUCUCAACAGCAGCGUGCCACUUCUACUACGUGCUUGACACCAUCCACGAUUUAUCUUACGUCUCACCCUACUUACUGGCUUUUGAUAAAAACGCGUCGAGCUCCCCGUGUUCAUUUGUUUGUUUGUCUGUUCGUUCUGUUUCGCUUUCUGCUUCGUUUGAGGAAUCCGUUUUUCGUCCUUAAGUGUAUGUACGUCAAAUUUAAUUCAGG